AUGGAUGAAGUGAAAGCUCUGGAAGAAAAUUUAACCACAAAUGGUGAAGAAUCUGCUAAAUUGGUCACAAAUGGAGAAUUAGUAUCUGAAACAGAAGUAGGGAAGGAGGACACUGAGAAUGGAUCGAAUGCAGAGGACAUUUUCGGUAAUUCAAGCCCUGAACAAGAUACAUCAAAAGGAUCCGAAAUUGAAGAAGAAGCCUCAACUGAUCCAAAACCAUUAGAUGAUUCCCAAGAAACCCUAAUACAACCAGAUGAUCACGUUCAAGAAGAAAUUCCAUCAUCUCUUCCAUUAGAAACAUCAGAAGAACCAGAAGCAAAUAAUCCAACAAGAAAUCCCGAAUCACCUUCCGGAGAAACAAAUGGUGAGAUAUGCAGUCAUGAUCAAAAGGCAUUUAAUGGCAUUUCUCCAUUGGAGAAGACUGGUUCUGAGAAACCGCUUCGGAAAUCUUAUAGUAAUGUUGAUACCAUUGCACCAUUGGAGAAGGCUGAUUCUGGGAAAAAGCUUCAGAAAACUUUUAGUAAUGCCAUUAUCGAUACCACUGCACCUUUCGAAUCUGUUAAAGCAGCUGUUUCCAUGUUUGGUGGAAUCAUCGAUUGGAAAGCCCAUAAACUCCAAACCGCUGAGAAGCGGAAGUAUAUAAUACAAGAGCUCAUAAAGGCGCGUGAAGAGAUCCCAUUGUUUAAGAAAAAGUCAGAGAAAGCUGAAGAAUCGAAGCUACAUGUGUUAAAGGAGCUCGAUGACACUAAAAGGCUCGUAGAAGAACUAAAACUUAAUCUUGAAAGAGCACAAACAGAAGAACGUCAAGCAAAACAAGAUGCAGAACUUGCGAAACUAAGAGUGGAAGAAAUGGAGCAAGGGAUUGCUGAUGACUCUAGUGUUGCUGCGAAGAUACAAAGAGAAGUUGCACAUGCGAGACAUGAAGCUGCUGUUUCUGAGGUGAAAACUGUUAAAAAGGAGCUUGAAGAUCUCCAAAACGAUUACGAAUUAUUGGUAUCUGAAAGGGAUGUAGCCAUAAAGAAUGCUAAAGAGGCUGUUUCUAAUUCGAAAGAAAUUGAGAAACAAGUUGAAGGGUUGACUAUCAAACUCAUGACAACAAAAGAGGCGUUGGAAUCCGCGCAUGCCGCUCGAAUGGAGGCGGAGGAAUACAGAACCGGAAUCGGAAUGGCACGUGAAGAAGAUACUUUGAAUUGGGAGAAGGAAUUGAAAGAAUCGGAAUCGGAAUUGGAAAAAGUCGAUCGACAAAAUCGUUUCAGUUGA